UGGGGUCAGAAGGUCACUCGUGGCGCGAGAAACGUCCGAUAGCGUGAUCGUCACGGUACCCUUUUAUGUUUUCUCGUUGUACAGAUCUUAACGUGUACAUCUCGCAAUUUUGCCUUUACGAUAUCGUGGAAAGAUCUUUUUAGCACCGAAACGAUGGCUGACAGCGGCGAAAGGAACCGAGGGGGACAGGGGAGAGCCCCGCUGCGUGUUUGGGUGGACGGGUGCUUCGACAUGGUCCACUUCGGGCACGCGAAUGCCCUCCGUCAGGCCAAGAAGAUGGGGGACUACCUGAUCGUGGGCGUGCACUCGGACGAGGAGAUCAGCAAGCACAAGGGUCCUCCCGUCAUGACUGAGGAGGAGAGAUACAAGAUGGUUCGGGCGGUGAAAUGGGUAGAUGAGGUUGUUGAGGCGGCCCCGUAUGUCACCACCAUCGAAACCCUGGACAAGUACAACUGUGACUACUGCGUCCACGGCGACGACAUCACCAUGACGGCCGACGGCCACGACACCUACGCUGAGGUGAAGAACGGCGGGCGCUACAAGGAGUGCAAGCGGACGGCGGGCGUCUCCACGACCGACCUGGUCGGCCGCAUGCUGCUGCUGACGAAGACACAUCACGACCGCGAGAACGAGGCACAGCUGCCGCGGGACAAGGUGGAGGAGCUUCGGGAAAACCCGCAGGCCCGCAGCCCGUGGACGGGCGUGUCCCAGUUCCUCCCGACGACGCAGAAGAUCGCGCAGUUUGCGGAAGGAGGGAGCGGCCCGGAGCCCGGGGACCGGAUCGUGUACGUGUCGGGGGCGUUCGACCUCUUCCACGUCGGCCAUCUCGACUUCCUGCAGCGGGCGCGCCAGGAGGGUGACUACCUCAUCGUGGGUCUCCACACGGACCCCGUGGUGAACGGCUACAAGGGGUCCAACCACCCGAUCAUGAACAUCCACGAGCGCACGCUGUGCGUGCUCGCCUGCAGGCACGUGUCCGAAGUGGUGAUCGGCGCCCCCUACACCGUCACGGAGGAACUGAUGGAACACUUCAACAUCGACCUUGUCGUCCACGGCCGCACCAACGUCAUUCCCGACACCGAGGGUCAUGACCCGUACAAGGUACCGAAGGGCCUCGGCAAGUACAAGCAGAUCGACAGCGGCAACGACAUGACAACCACCAAGAUCAUCGAGCGAAUCAUCCGCAACAGGCUCCACUUCGAGGCGCGCAACAAGGCAAAGGAAGAGAAGGAGAUGCGCGCGUUCGAAGCUCUGCAGAAACAAGUCAAGUCGGGCCAGAAGCUGAUCGAAGAAUCAUCCUAAACGAUUGAUAUCUCUCUGAUGAAAGACAUUGGUGGCCAUGUUUUACCUUUGAAAAGAGUUUUAUGUCGUCAUCUUUAAUGUCAAGUUGUGUUCUAACAGUGAAUAGCAGAUGGACACAUUUCGACCAAAUUCCUGCACAUCUACACUCAAUGUUUCAAUGACAAUCUACAUUUGUAGGAAAUAAAGUACUCUUACUGAAAACUGCCAAAUGAUGUUCAGGUAUUGUCCUAUCUUGUGACGUACAUGUAUAUAAUUUAUCUGACUGGCUGAAGCUGUUGACUGCCUUCCGAGAUGAAAACAGCCGAAGGACAAGAUUAAAACCAAACUGCAAUGUUUGUAAUUUUAGCUUUUAGAAUAGAGCACUUUUUAAAAACAUCUUUGAAAUGAAAAUUGCAUACAUGUAGUUGCAAAUUCUUCUGUCGUGUCAUCACUACACUUUUCUGCUCCAGUUGCAAGAUGUAUAAACAGUGAAAGAUGUAUAAACUUAUGUGUAAAAGUGUUCUUAUUUAUUUCUCAAUUUCUCAGGUCAUUUUUUGUGCAAUUUGUUUUGCCUUCAGUUGAUCUGUAUUUUUCGUCAACUUUCCUUCUGAAUGGCUAAUAUAUUUUCCUUUUCUCAUUUUCACAACCCUUUCUGCAUUAUUCUUUGUAACAGAAUUAUGGCCACAAAAUACUUGUCUAGUGUCUUCAUUAAUUUUAAAGUUUGAUUUAUUCUAAAUACAUGAGGUCUGAUAGCAUUUUGAUUCUUUCUGUGAAGGGUAAUUAUUCUAGCUAUGUUUUGGCCACACUUGUUGAAUGGAUUGUUUCAUCACAAAGUGAACGGUGGUGUGGAAGAGAUUCAAACAGUUAACUACAAAUGUAAUUGAACUUCAGUAUACUGAGCUGCCACUGUAUCACUGUUUCCUCUAAUGAAUUUGUAGUGAAACAUUUCUCUCUUUGUAAGAGGCAAGUUCAAAUUGUAUUCAGCUGAAUUUUCCUCAGUGGUUUUGAAAUACAUGUAAUAGCAAAUA